GGUUUGCUUUCAUGCUGUUACUAUUGUUUCUAUCGCGAAAUGGAAAACCGGAAUUCAUUGUUAGCACAAUUUACUGUCAUUGAAUUUGCAUAUGAAACAAAUAGCUGAAUGUGUAAAAUACAAACAAGUUAAGCAAACAAUUCGGACUUAAAGUAAAUUUAUAGUACCUAUAAAGAUAUAUUUAAAUAUUUAUCUAAAAUGCAAUCAAGAGUUAUAUGGAUAUUUCUAUUGGGUGGUAUUUGUUAUAUGUGCAAGAGAGUGCUUUCUUGUUAAGUUAAAAGCCUUAUAUCAUAGUUAGAAGUAUCUGAUUUGUGCUUAAAAUUUUGAGAUAUUGAGAGCGAAAACAACUAAAUAGUUUUAUAGGAAAGGUUCCUUCAUUUUCGGUAUAUACAUAUGUAGAUAUAUGUAUAGUAUAUGCAGGAACUGGUGAAUAUUCAAUAGAUCAUUUAAUUGGAAAUUAUAACUAGUCAAAACCAAAUGAAGGCGGAAAUAUCACUACCAUCUCGAGAUCCCCUAACUUCUAGGGCACCAUCUAAUGUCUCUACUUACAUGGAUGAUUUUGAGAACAUAAUCGCCAACGGUAAAGAACCGGUGAUGACCAAGGAGUAUAAACCUCAAGUGGCUAAUGAAUUCGAGCGCUAUUUGAAUCCUCAAACAUUGAAACGGCAUGUGUUUCGCAGCGAGAAAGUACGUAAAAUUAUCGAGCAUUAUGCUCAAGUAAAUAAUUGUCCAGUGAAACAUAUUGAAAAGCAAGUGAAAGAGAUAAUCGAUGAAAUUGGCUUAGAGCGUAACUUAGCGAUAAUACGAUGGUGUGGUAUGGCCAUUACAGCUAUUGCAAAACGUACCCUGUCAGGAAUUUACGUUAACGCCAAAAGUAUUCGGAGAGUUCGGGAGCAGUUGGGACGAACGCCAGUUUGCUAUUUGCCUAGUCAUAGGAGCUACAUGGAUUUUGUAUUAAUGUCAUACAUUUGUUUCUAUUAUGAUAUUGAAAUACCUGGUAUAGCGGCAGGAAUGGAUUUUCACGCAAUGUUCGGCAUGGGGACGAUGUUACGAAAAACCGGUGCAUUCUUUAUGCGACGUUCUUUCUCAAAAGAUGAGCUUUACUGGGAUAUUUUUCGCGAAUAUAUGUAUGCAUUGAUUUCCGUCUAUCACAUCGGCGUUGAAUUUUUUAUAGAGGGAACGCGCAGUCGCAACUUCAAGGCACUUGUUCCCAAAGUAGGUUUGCUAUCAAUGGCAUUAUUGCCCUACUUUACGGGCGAAGUAGCGGAUGUUACUAUUGUGCCAGUUAGCAUAUCCUACGAGCGCUUACUAGAAGAGCAAUUGUUUGUUUACGAAUUGCUUGGCGUGCCAAAACCCAAAGAAACGACAAAGGGAUUUUUUAAAGCUCUAAAAAUUAUCGACGAACGCUUUGGAAAAAUGUACUUAGAUUUCGGUACUCCAAUAUCUGUGCGCGAAUUCUUUGGACACACGGGAGCAGAUAGAAUGCAGCGUGCUACUGUAGGGGCGCAUCUGCAAAAACUGGAUAGACGCGAGUUAGAUUUGAUCAAAAAACUUGGUAAUGAGGUAAUUUACCAGCAACAGCGAGGCAUCGUUAUAAGUACAUUUAAUCUAUUGUGUUUAUAUUAUGCGAGCCAAUUGUAUGAUGAACGCUCGGUUAACAUUGACGAAUUAGCUUUUGGCAUUGCUGAGCUAAAGUGUAUUUUCGAAGAGUUGGGUGCUCAUGUGGCUACGAAUACGCAUCGCCUUAAAAUUGAAAUAAUGGAAACCGUAGAAAUACAUUCGAAUAUUGUGCAUUUUCAAAAUGCUCAAUUGCAAUUUACAGAAGUCGCUGCUGCGCAGCUCGCACAGGAGAUCGAUACUCAAAGACUGAAGGCUCAUUCGCUAUUGCCACAGAUCAUGGCAGUAGCUGUGCCCACACUGGCACUGCAGCUGUACAUAAAUCCAUGUCUGUUUUGGCUUGCGCGACCGGCAUAUCUAAUAUUGGCAGCACUGCAGUUGCAGGCGGACCAACAAAGGGGCAGGAACGAUGGAAACACAGAGUUGUUUACCACGUAUUCCGCUGUGGUAGAAAAUUUGUUACAACGGGUGACUCUGCUUGAUGAUAUUUUCAAGCACGAAUUUAUAAUUGAGUCAAAUCGAGAUAUUGAGGAGUUCGAAAGGAAUCUGCAGUUACUUUCCAAACAUGGCAUGCUAAAAAUAUCUCCACAUAACGGUCAAAUAUCAUUUAACGAAAAUGAAUCUAUGAAAGUAUUACUUUCUUCAUUGGCACCUUUUCUCUGCGUUUACUACCAAUUAGCAGUGACCGUCAAUGAGUUUCCGCUAGCCACUAGCUCUUCGCAGUCCAAUAACAAAUCUGAAUCAUUCAGCUCAAAAGAUGUUCUAAUACACAUGCAAAAGCGUAUAGAAAAGCUAAUGCAACAACAACAUGUCACCAAUGUGCAUCCUUACUGUUUAGCGCUAGAUAAUUUGAACAUUGCGUUGAACUCGUUCCAUCAAGCUGGCUAUAUACAAAAGGAGAAAGAGAGUGGAUUAAUGAAACAUGCUCCUGGUAAACCAUUACGAACACUGGAAACUGAAUUAUUACACUAUUGUCAGUUGUUGCCAUUCAAGCAAUACUACAGAGUAGCAAGUGCCCAAGUGAACUCUAUGCCAUCUAAAUUAUAACUAUUAAAACAACGUAGCAAAAGUCAACUACUUUCUCACGCCCGAAAUUGUCACGUGGCUAUUGUGUUUUUCAUAUUAGUGUUUAUUUUGCCCACACUACGUUUAGUCAUUGGCUUUUUCAUUGAGUGAUUUAUAUAGGUCUUGUACACCCUUGUUUGUUUAAUUAUCUCCUGGUUGCCACAGAUAUUUACAUAUGAUACGAAGAAUAGGUAGAGGUAGAAAAGGAGAAGCUAUAACCACAACAUAACUGAACGGCCAGCCAUAACCGGAUAAUACAGUAGCUCAUAUAUUAUGUUCUUCGUGGAAUUAUAAAAUCAUAAUUGUCUCAGUAAUUUAAAGACAUUUUCUUACAUUUAUAUAUAACACAAUAUGCAAUUUGUUAUAUAUAAAUGCGAAAAAGGGUACCUUCAUUAAAUUUUUAAUUUCUCUUAACAUUAGCCUGUUUAAAAUUUAAUUACGCACAGAAAAAUAUAUUUGUACAUCAUAGCUAAAGUUUGCAAACAUUCCAAAUUUUCCAGAGAAGUUGUAUUAUGGACACAAAAGCACAAAUCUCUACACAUGUGUAAUAUCCAUUCAUUCUUGGAUAUACAUAUGUAUCGAUAUAUAUAUAUAUAAAUCGUAUAAGUUAAGUAAAUGUUAUCUUAAAAUGCACACAACUUUUAUACCUUUGCGAAAACAUUUUCUAUAUGCCUACUUUCUAUUCAAUCAUAUCUCAUAUAUCGCAUAUUGUUUUUUUAAUGGUUGUUAAUUGUUCAAAUGGUAUUAAAGCGUAUAGUUGCUAACAAUAUACAAUAAUAAUUUUAAAUAAAUGUUUUUCCUAGGUUUAUUUUAGAUAUUUUCUAGUAAAGUUGAUGCAUUUAACCAUGUAAUCCUGAAAACUGUGAUGGUUCUCUACUCUACGAUAUAACGGUCCGUUUGGUCUUUGGUAUUUAAGUAUUUUGUUCAUAAUUGUUUGGUUACAUAUAUGUAUAAUCGCACUUCGAACUCACCUUAAAUAGUUUACAAAUAUGUGUGUGUUUAUUUGUAUACAUAUACUGACAUAUAUAAAUAGAAAUGAAACACACUUUAUUGCUAUAAUAUUAACUGGUUCAAUUACAAAUAAAAAACGCAUAUUUCGAAUUGUUUAUCACAAUCAA